UCCACCGCUGUCCCUCCCCCCUUGCUUGCUUGCCGCGUCCUAGCUCAUGUGCACCUCGAACGACGCGAGCGCCUCCUCCAAGAACGACGCUCUCAACGCGCUCCACCAGUGCGACGACGAGGACGCGCCCCCGCUCAUCGCCGCGCUCACUUCGUUGGGCUUCUCGGUGCAGCUUGCGCACGUUCCGAAGGAGACAUCGUGGGACGACGUCGACGAGCACGGCUACAUCAAGCUCAAGUCUGCUGAAGGCAAGGACCUGAUCCGCGUCGGAGGCUUCCAACAUAACCGACUGCUCCGCUCGGGUGGCAGCUGGGACGCGGCUGCCGUCGCCAAGGUUUGCGAGGCCGCGAAGGACUCGGUGCCGGCCGCCGCCUGAUCGUGGUCCUCAAGUAGAGUGACGUGACUUAGCAUGGAUGGGACGGGCCUCAAGGAGGAGAGCACACCACAUGACGCGCCUCCGCUGCAACUCGCCCUGCGAGAAGCGGCGGCGCUGAUGAUCCGGAUGACACCCACCGGCUAUCUAAGGGGUUGGACAGUCGGGCGGGUGUCAUCAACAUGUGCUCUCCACUCAAAUCCGUCCCGGCCGGCUCCGUCUCUGAUGAUAGGGAGAGUUGAGUGCACCACACCGGGGGCGGGAAGCCAGAUGUGCGGUCCUACAUUUUUGUAUUCGUACACCGUCUAUUAGAUUACCGUG